UGCUGAGCCAGGAUGGGUGACUGGAGCUUCCUGGGAGAGUUCCUGGAGGAGGUGCACAAGCACUCCACGGUCAUUGGCAAGGUCUGGCUCACCGUCCUCUUCAUAUUCCGUAUGCUGGUGCUGGGCACGGCUGCCGAGUCUUCCUGGGGCGACGAACAGGCAGAUUUCCAGUGCGACACCAUGCAGCCAGGUUGUGAGAAUGUCUGCUAUGACCAAGCCUUCCCCAUCUCACACAUCCGAUUUUGGGUGCUGCAGAUCAUCUUCGUGUCCACGCCAUCUCUGCUGUACAUGGGCCACGCCAUGCACACGGUGCGCAUGCAAGAGAAGCGCAGGCUGCGGGAAGCCGAGCGGGCCAAGGAGGUGCAGGGUGCUGGCUACGAAUACCCGGCUGCAGAGAAGACGGGACUGAGCUGCUGGGAGGAAGUAAAUGGAAAGAUCGUCCUCCAGGGCACUCUGCUGAACACCUAUGUUUGCAGCAUCCUCAUCCGCACCACCAUGGAGGUGGCAUUCAUCGUGGGCCAGUAUCUCCUCUAUGGGAUCUUCCUGGCGCCCCUGCACGUGUGCCGCAGGAGUCCCUGCCCGCACCCGGUCAACUGCUACGUGUCCCGGCCCACGGAGAAGAAUGUCUUCAUCGUCUUUAUGCUGGCAGUGGCUGCUCUGUCCCUCUUCCUCAGCCUGGCUGAACUCUAUCACCUGGGCUGGAAGAAGCUCAGGCAGCGACGUGGCAAGUCACCACAGGGCAGCUCGUCUGCCGGCAUAGUCCAGAACUGCACCCCACCGCCUGACUUCAACCACUGCCUGAAGAAUGGUUCUGGCGGCAAAUUAUUCAACCCCUUCAGUAACAAGAUGGCCAGCCAGCAGAACACAGACAACCUGGCAACAGAGCAGGUGCGAGGCCAGGACCCCCUUUCCCGGGAUGGUUUUAUUCACAUCCAUUAUGACCAGAAGCCAGAGGUCCCCAAUGAAGUCUCCCCAGGUCACCGCCUACCCCAGGGGUACCCGAGUGACAAACGCCGUCUUAGCAAGGCCAGCAGCAAGGCCAGAUCAGACGACUUGUCUGUGUGACUUCCAGGGGGAGCAAAGGCGGCUGGGAGACGGCAGAUGCAUCCCUCUGGACCCCCAGCUUUCUCUGAUUCUCAUCAAGACCUGCUUUGCUGGGGCUCCAGUUCUCAAGAGCAUUGCUCAUUUAUUCUAAAAAGUGUGGUCGAUGCUCAUAGUCAGAGACACAGCUUCCUACCCAGGUGCUGACUCUUCCCCAUUAGCACUUGGCUUAGCCCUAAGCACUUGGUGAAGACUUUCAAAUUAUUCAUUAAACAGGAAGGGAAGGGAACCACAGAGUCUGUGAGGGAGGACCAGAAGGACAGAUGACUAGACACCACCUACAUAUCUGUUGGGUUUUCCAGGACUCUGUGGCUCCGUUGAUCUGAUCAUCCUUCCUCGAAAAGCAAGGACUUAACAUCACAGCAUGACCCAAGUGACUUGCAUUUGAUGGAUCUGGGAUCUGGACUAUACCUUGGAGCAGAGGUAUAGUCACCUUGUAAUGCUUUGACCGCUCCUCAUUCUACCCAGUUUUUAUUUUAGAUAGAGGUCUUGGGAACUUGACCAGCAGCCUCUACUUGACAAGUGCCUUGACAUGUACCACAGGCUGAAGCAUGGCCCUGGGGAUGUCACCUCUCCUGCAUGUGUGUGCAAUCAGCCACUGGAGGUGUAAGUUCCUAAAUGAGUGAUUGUGCACACGUAUUCCCAGGGACUCCUUUCACUGCCUGCCAAGCUGUGGCUUUACACUUGAAUCUGAUGCUAGAGACCAGCCUUUCCUUCCUCCUCCUGACUGCCCAGUCAGCCUGUCAUUAAAGAUCUUAUUUACCAGGCUGCUGAAGAAACCACUGUCCUUGCUCACUUGGAUUCUGACCUGACCACCAGCUCAGAAGUCCCAAGAAUUCCUCCAGCUCUUACCAACACAAAGAGUACAUUGUGCUUCUCAGGUUCCUCUUGGGAAGAAAUAAUUCUGCUGUGAAGAUGAAAAUGGAGAGUAAAUACUGGAAAAAAAGAUUGUUUUUCUGUCCUAUUUAUUAUAUCCUUGCUGACGGUCAACUUGAGUACCAGGAGAAGGCCUGAUGACAGCUACGAAGCCCCUUGCAUCUCUCUCUCUUUUUCUUUCUCUCUCUCUCUCAAGCCCUGGCAGCAGGACCAGGAAAGUAUUAGGGGAUUUCUCCGUCUCUUUGGCAAAACCCUGUUCUCAGGGCACAGAGUUUCCUGUGGCUCCUUAGUGCUCCUAAUGAGGCUGCCAUGUUGGGGUGCAACAAAGCCUCGCCUUGCUUGGGACUGGCCUGGCUUCUCUAUCUAAUCCAUCUAUAGUGGGUAGUUGCUAUUUUUGGAUGAAGAUAAAAGAUACUGAAAAUGAUAGGGAGAGUGUUACAUUUUUAGGUGCAUGAGUGUGUAAGUAUGUAUGCGAGGUAUGCACGGUAAGUCAGGGAAGUGGAGGGGAGGCCUGGAGUCAGGAAAGACAACCUUAGUGGAAUCUGUCUCUUCCUGUCCCCCUCUUCUAUACCUCGCAGGGACAGAGCUUUCUGGUUUGCCAUGUGAUUAGCCUGAAGAGAAGGCAUGAGAGGUGGACACAGAAGAGAGAGCCCAGCUUCGACCCCACCUGCUCAUCUCCACCCUCUUCCUAAUAUUUGACAAUUAUUGGUGGGUGAAGAGAAAGAUGAAGGUAGGGAGAAGAAACACUAGAUGUCACUUAGGGAAGAGUGAUUGAUGGCAAUCACAGCAGGCUUCUGAAGGGUAGACACCUUUCAGUCCAUUGUCUGUCACUGAAACUCUCCUUUAAUAAAACAGAAGAGACGGCCUCUCCUUCUAUCUCUGAAAUGUGUUUGCUUUGUGAAAUGAGUCUUAUUGAA